CUCGGACAUUUCCUACUUGUUGAUUCGUUGAAUGCGGCACGCAUAUUACUACAACCAGUUAGCACAUUGGACAUGUUAGAGUUGUAUAGUUUCAACUAGAACAUGAACGCGGCACGACUGAUCUACAAAGAACCUUGCGUCAUAAAUAACUACUCACGGGGAGCGUUUGAGUGGUAAGGCUAAAUUAACCGACUGUAGAGGAAAGUCGCGGAGUGAAGUCGGGGGAGGUGCAUCUGCGACAGCCGAAGGAUCGACAGAAUUUGGGUAACUACUGUAAAUCAAUGGAGGCCAGAGAAAAAAAGCGGUCAAAAAUCCUAGAGAGAUUUACCCGGUUACCAAAACGUCACACCAGGGUGAUUUCUUCUCUUCUCAGCUGUCUAUCCUGGACUCCUGGUUUCAGCCAAUCGGUGUGCCCGAAUGGACAUUUGGACUCUGGCCCUUCCCACUCUAGCUCAGAGUGAUCAACAUCAGCUGAUGAGGAUGCAAAGUUUUCAGUGUGUUUUCUAGAAGUGUUUAUGCGUUCAUCUGCCAUAAGAAGUGAUCGUGUGUUUCUAUGUGUGUCGUGGUGAACUAGACUGGAGAAUAAAACUCUGGAUAUGGACAGAUCUGCCUGGUUCUUGCCAGAUCGCCUGUAGUGGGUCAGACUAAAGUAGAGUCAGUUUACGUUACUAGCGGGUAAGGGCAUCUUCAGCCAACCGCUCAGGCGGGUCCAACUAGCCGUUUUUACACCUGUUCUUUUUCAAAGAUUUCUCACAAAAACAAGGGUAUCUCUGUGAAAUGUCAACGAAGCACUGAGCAUAUACCAAGCUUAUUAUUUUCAAAACCUUUUACAUUUAAUUCCGCUUGUGUCAUCCUAAUUUAGUUUUUUGCGACCCGCGGAAACAACUUUGAAGACGACGACCACAAAAUGUAAAAUCCUCAAAAGAUGUUACGAGAAACCUGCAUUGCAAUGUCAACAGAGCUCGGUGCUUAUUAUCAGAUGUAUUUUGAGACGAAAUCCGAGUUUUGGGAUAUAGUGUCAAUAAAAUGUUAGACAAUCAUAUUUGUCUUUGUAAAACGGCCAGAGUGGGUGGAGACCCUAUGACCUAUGUCAUUGACCGUGUUCGAGAGCAUCAAAACGACUGCAGGUGACUGCCGACUGACUCAUCGACAAAUCACAUUUAAUCAUAAAUAACGACUCGUUAUUAUUUGUAGAGUCAGUCACAGUUUACCCAUAAUACGGUUUUGAUCCUCUUGAACACGGCCAAUGUCUUACGUCAGAAAGCACGAGGAGCAUUACCCUGACGUAAGACAAUUAUGCACCCGAUGUAUCAAAAACAACUGGGAAUUUGGAAAAAAUCAUAUUUCCGAUUUCAGUGCAUUCACGACAACUGAGAACUCGGGAAAAAAACGAGCUCCAACCUGGAAAAAUCGUUUUGAACGGUAAUCCCACUCGGAAUUACAUGUCGGUAACCCAGGCCCCUUUCCAGAGCGCAGACUUUGCGACCUGAAGAUCACUGACGUCGAAUUUCCCAGACGUAAUGAAAACAAAAAUAUACAGUACAUUAUGGGUUUAAACCUCUCGACACGUGCUUACAUGGACCUGUGUGUCAAUAUUUUGAUUGUAUGACUUAAUCUGCCUUUUUAUUGAUGUUUUAUUUUGAUUGUAUGACAAAAACAUUUUUGAAAAAAGGGCAUUUUACGUUAUACAAUCAAAAUGUAACUAUGAGAUCAUAAACAGUCCCCAGCUCAGACCUUUACCUUAGGACUCCGCCACUCCAGUCAAGCCCCAUGGGGGAAAAGAUGGAGAGGCCAAGAGGGUAUGUGCCUUCUUGAGAUGCAAAACAAUAUUUUAGGUGUUUUUGACAGCAAAGAUAGAUGAAAGGGCAAAUGGCUUGGAGGUCAUGGUUAGGGAGAAUACGAUGAAAAUUGAGGCCAUUAAAACAUCUGUUGACUAUCUUCGGAGAAGUGAAAACCCUCAAAAGUGACAUGAAGAAAGUGGAAGUUAUCUGCCAGGAAAAUGAAAAGAAGGUAGCUGAACUCGAGCAAAAGGUGAAUGAGGCAGAGAGAUACCAGCGCAGUUGGAACCUGAGGCUCCAUGGAAUUCCAGAGCAGGUGGGUGAGGACAUCAAAUGCAGAGUUGUUGACAUCUGUGGAGCUGUCGUUCCCAAAUCAAAAGCCAAACUUCAGGAAAAUGUAGACAGCGUCCAUCGUUUGGGAAGACUUAAGGAUCAAGACAAAGAGACCGAGGACAACCGUCAUCCGGUUCACCAACAGAUCUACACGGAAUCUUCUUUGGAUGCGAGCAAAGAAUUGUGAAUUCCUCAUCAAGCAACAAAAAUUGAGGUUCAUGGAGGAUAGGACCUCAGCAGACAAAGUGACAAGAGAGAAACUGGCCGAAUGUGGCUGCAGCUCGAAAGGCAGGGAAAACUGCAUUUUUUAAAAAUAUAUAUAUUUUUUAAAUCGGUGCAAGAGUGAUCAUCGAUGGGAAAGAAAUGCGGCCAAAUCAGAACAUUUGCGUGAGAGUCAGAUUCUAACUCGGACAGAACUGUCAGGCCAAAAAACUGAUUACCAGGUGAAAAGCAGCCUUUUAUUAUAAAAAUGUACACAAGCACUUGAAUGAGAAAAGGCUGACCUGAGAACUGGUAAGCUAAACACUAACUAUAGGUGAAUAACUGCUUAUUGUAAAGUCUACGCAAUGUUUCCCCCUUGUGGGAGUAAGAAUACUUUGGUAACUUUAUGACCAUUUUUGUUGUUGUUUUUUGUUUUUGGAGAGGUUAAUAAUGUGAUGGAAAUCCUUUUGAGUUACAUAUCCAUAGGAAACGCUUAUAUUAGCAUAACAAGGUUGUUGGUUGAAGUUUGUCUUUAUCUCUUUGUUCAAUUAAUGUCAGGGGUAUUCGUAUUUUACUCAAGCGUAUAGCUAUUUUCCUGUAUUGAAAACGGUUUAAUGCAGACUUUUACUUUUUACAAGAGACUCAUGCUUGUUCUUCCGAUCUAUCUUUUUGGAGAAAAAAAAUCAAUGGGGUAAUGAUAUCUGGUUAUCAUACGGCAACAACCACUCUGCAGGUGUAACAGUUUUAAGAGGUGCAUUUAAAGGGAAGGUCAUCAGUAGUAAGACUCACCACUCUUGGACGUUGGUUAAUUUUAACAGUACAUUUCAACAGUGAAAUGUUUUUAUUAGGGAAUAUUUAUGCAUCCAACAACAGGAUAUUAUUUCGAGAAUUUGAAUAAAUUAAUAGCGUUAUAGGUGUAUUUCAGGCUAUCAAAAUUAUCUGAUCUUAGGUGGAGAUUUUAAAUCUGUAUCUAAUGUGAUGAUUGACAGAUAUCCCCCUCCUAACGGAUCCAGCAUAGUUAAUCCUGAGUUUAAUAACCUAUGUCUUGGUCUUGGAUUAGUCGAUAUUUGGACAUCUAAAUAUCCUGAUUAAAAGGAAUUCACUUGGAGUAACAAGGACAUGUCCAGACAGUCAAGAAUUGACUUCUGGUUGAUUUCUAAUUCAUUAGAUAAUUCUGUUGUCAAGGUAUCAAUUGAACCAUCAAUACUUACUGAUCAUAAAGUUAUAUUCUUAUCUUUAAAUAUUAAUGGAUCUGAAGUUAAACCGAAUCCGAGUCAUUGGAAACUCAAUAGUAGACUGUUGGAAGAUGAUCAUUUCAAGAUGGAUGCCAAAGAUAUUAAACAAGACAAUUGGAGGGAAGCCCAACUAUUUAUGUCUUAUUGGGAAUGAAUGAAGUAUGAAAUAAGACAAACAGCCAUGAAGAGAGGUAAAUAAAUUGUUGAACUUAAAAGAAUGAGAGAAGAUAAACUUGUUUCGGAAAUACUUUCUCUCAUCUCUAUGGAGGACCUUGAUGAAGAGGGAAAGGGUCUGUUAUUCUCUUUACAACUAGAAAUGGACAGAAUGUAUGAAGAGAAAGCAAACGGGGCAUUUGUAAGAUCAAGAAGGAGAUGGUUGGAGGAAGGUGAAAAAAAUACAAAAUACUUUUACAAUUUAGAAAGAAAGAAUUCUGAAUAUAUUCAUAAGCUCAAUAUAGAUUGCAAAGAAAAUUAAAACCCCAAAGAUAUUUCAAAAUAUGUUUCAGAAUUAUAUACCAACCUUUAUACCUGACUUUCUAGACUCUGUCAAAGACUGCAAAAUUCAUAGAUGAAGACUUCCAAAAGUCUUGUGAUGAAAUUAUUUCUAUUAAUGACAUUUAAAAAUUGUAUCAGCAAUUUAAAAGAGAACAAAUCUCCAGGGAAUGAUGGCAUUAUCAGUGAAUUCUAUAAAUAUUUUCAGGAGGAUAUAAUUGAAUUUAUAUUUAAUGUUUUUAAGGAGGCAAUUGUAUUAGGGGCCCUGCCUGUUUCUAUGACACAGGGCCUAAUUUCUGUAAUACUCAAACCAAACAAAGAUUCUAUGAUGAUUCUAUGAUGAUUGAAAAUUGGAGACCAAUCACAUUAAUGAACAAUGAUGGAAAGCUACUUGCAUCCAUCUUUGCAGAAAGACUUUAAAAAAGGUAUUGACCAAAUCAUUGAUGAUACCCAGUCUGGUUUUAUGAAGGGCAGACAUAUAUGUAAUAAUAUUAGAAUAGUAUUGGACUUGAUAGACUACAAUGAACUCAUCAUGGAAGAUAGCUUCAUUUUAUUUGUAGACUUUUACAAGCCAUUUGAUACAGAACAUUAUUUUAUUUUUGAGAAUUCAAUUUUUUUGGUUUUGGUCAAUAUUUUCAAAAUGUAAUUAAGACACUUUACAAUAAUAGUAACAGCUCUGUAAAAUAUCCCAUGGAACUUCAAAGAUUCGACAUUAGACGUGGAAUUAAACAAGGAUGCCCAAUUUCUCCUUUCUUAUUUUUAUUGGUCACACAAGUUUUGGCACUUCAUAUAAAUAAGGAUAGUUUUAGGGGUAUUCAGAUACAAGACAAAGAGAUAAAAUGUUCACAAUUGGCUGACGACACCACCAUUUUCUUUUUUUGAAAGAUCAUAAUGAAGUCAAGAAAGCUAUUGAGUGUAUUAAUGCCUUCACACAUGUAUCAGGUUUAUCUCUAAAUAUGAGGAAAUGUGAAAUAUUUCCUUUGAAAAGAUGUGACUUAAACUCAGGAUGUAAUAUCCCUGUAAAAGAUGUGGUCACAUAUCUUGGUAUUACAGUUAGCACAGAUCAGAAAGAAAGGGCCAACUUAAAUACCUCUCCUAUUGUAGAGAAAAUUGCAAAGAGACUCAUCUCCUGUUUAUUAAGAGAUCUUUAUCUGGACGUGUACUUUUAUCACAAUCCAGAUGAGUUUAUACCUCCCUUGACUUGGAUGUUCCUCUGUCAGUAACUAAAAUGGUUGAUACUAAAUGAUUCCAACAAAUUGGUGGUCUAGAAUUCUUACUCAAAUGCAACUUUGAUAUUGGUAAAAUCCCUAUUUAAGCUUGCAAACUUUCAUAAACAAGUACUUCUAACUUGGAACCUCAUGUACAAACACAAUUUUCCCCCUCAUAGGUGUACAAUCUGGAAUAAUAAAGACAUAAAAUACAAAAACAAGUCUUUGUUUUUCCAUAACUGGUUUGACAACAUUAUUUGGGUUAAACAAUUAUUGAAUAAUGGACAACUAUAUGAUUAUCCAGAAUUUUUUGAACACACAAUGUUACAUUCACUCCUGAGGAGUAUCAAAUUGUUGUUAGAGCGGUCCCUAAAGGUGCUAUUCUUCUUUUAGGAGAAUAUAACAGUACUCCCAAGUGCAACUGUUGAGGAUUCUGUAGCCUCAAUACAACUAGAAGGAAUUGACAUUUUAUAUAUAACAUGUAUUUUAUAUAUAACAUAUAACAUGUAUAUAAAGGAAACUAUGUGUAACUAUUCCCUCUGCUAAAAUGUACUGGAAUGCAGCCCUAUGACAAGUGAACUGGAACACAGUUUCAUUGUUGUCUGGUAAAUAUUGUAUAUCUAAUAAGGUGAAAGACGUAUCAUACAAACUCAUUCAUAGAAUCUACCCUGUAAAGACCUUUAUUAUACACAGAUUUAAAAUAGUUAUUGAUAACAAAUGUGUAUUUUGUGAUUGUGACCCAGAGACUCUUGACCAUUUAUUUUGGGACUGCUCUUAUGUUAGAAGAUUUUGGUGUGAGUUAGAAGAUUUUAUUUUAAAAUAACUGUUAAGGUUAAUUUGAAAGACUCUGAUAUUAUGUUUUAUUUUGAACCAAAUGAUAUGGACCCUGAUUUAACUUUCAUUGUUAAUUUGUUUAUCAUUUCAUGGAAGAUUCUUUGUCCAUAAAAUUAAGUGGGCAGAGAACAAACCCCUUUUCACAUUAUUUAAGAUAAAUUGAAAUAUUUUUUUAAAAUGAUCAGUAAAUGUAAAAACAAAAAAGUAACACGCACCAUAAAAGUAUCUAACAAAUUGAAAAUCAAUCUUGAUAUGUAAAACCCCGUCUGUUAGGUUUAUGUGCUCUUGUUUGUAUAUUUCUAUUUUUUUUUUGUAUUUGUGUUCAUAAUAAAAAUGUAAACAUAAAAAAAGAGUUCAUAAACAACGCCAUAAAUCGUUGUACAUGUCGCAAAGCAAAAUAUUGACCUACUGUGCGUGCGUUACCGUUUCCAUGGUAACUUGGACGCGAAAAGAGUUGAAAGCUGACAGAUAUCCCACCAAGAGAAAAUGCCACCCAAGGAUGCAAAGUCUGCCCAAAAGAAAGGAGGCAAGCUCAGUAAGGCUGAAAAGGAGCAACUUCAGAAAGAGGAGGAUGAGAGAAGACAGAAGGAAGAUGAGGAGGCUCGACUCCUGGCUGAGAAAGAGGAGCAAGAGAGGCUGGAGAGAGAGAGAAAGGAGCAGGAGGAGCAUCAGAAACUGGAACUAAAGGACAAAGAUCGCAGAGAGGAUGAGCUGAACGAACUGCGUCAUCUAGUGGAAGAGAACCAGACUGCAGUCACCAAGUGGGAGACUGACUCCAGAGCGAAAGCCAAGUGGGACAGGUACAUGUGUUGUGACGGGAGUCCAGACCCGUCAGUCCAGCAGGAGAUCAACACCUUCAUCAACCUGUGGUGCGAGGACCCAGAGGUCCAGAUCAAACCGAUUCUAAAGGAGUGUGCCCUGGCGCUACGGCUGCUAGAGGAGCUGGAGGGUAUACUGAGGGACGAGCCUGAACCAGCUGAUGCCCUGAGGUACCAGGAGACCCUGCUCUCCAUCCAGACUCUCAUCCAAUCCAAACUUGACCGCAGCACUGAGGAGAUACUCAAGUGGGCCAAUGCUCACUCAGACAUUGAGACGGGGAACAUGCAGACAGUGGUCCAGGAUGACAUCAUCACACUGUGUCUGUGGGCCAACCUUAACAAGAACCCAAGGUUUAAAGGGUUCCAGUUCGAGGAGGUGGGACUGGGCUUUGAGCUGCCCAAACAGCUGGCAGUCAGUGACGUCGCUGUGAGAAUCCUCCACACCCACUACGACCACUUGUCUCACCUGGCUAACCUGAAAAGCCAGAACCCCAGCAGGAUGUCCCUGGGCCUGGGGACCAGGGAGGAACCCCUUCUGGAGGGAGCGACCCACGUGGGGGAGUGUGGGGAGACGGAGGGAGAUGGUGACAGGAGAGGGAGCACACAGCAGGGAGGUGCAGAAGAAGAGGUGCAGUCUGUCAGAGGGUCUGAAGGCAGGAAGAGUGCGGUGAGUGUGAUAUCUAUGAAGGAGGAGGGGAGGAGUGGUCAGAAGCAGCUGGAGGAUGCGCAACAGAAGCUGGAGGAGAAUGGGAGUCAGAUAGAUACAAUGUUAGAGGGAGAUGACUCAGGUGAGGGAGACUCCACCCCUACCCCGAUGGACCCAGUGAUGGACAGCUAUGAGGGUCAGGUGGUUGACCUUCAACAGUACACACCCCUGGGAGGAGUCUUCUACUGCGAUGUCUUCCGUCUGCCGCCACAGUCCCAACAACUCAAUGGAUGGGAGAUGAGAGAGCUGUUGGACACAGGGCUGCAGCCGUUCCCCUACCCCACAGAGCAGACUCAGAUCCAGGGCUCUGCCUCCAUGAAGCUGGAGGACACUGGGGUCUUGACCAGUCCCCCUGUAGGGGUCACAGUCACCCUGCCCGACUCUGUCCUAUUCCUGGAGGACCCCCAGGUGGCCCGCUGGGACCCUGAAGGUCAGCACUGGAAGACCGACUGCAUCAGUGAGACGUCGUACGACCAGGCAGAGCGGAAGAUCUCGUUCAAGAUGGACUCAUUCUACGCCUUCACGCUUCUACAGGACUCGUAUGCCAACAUGCCGUUCCAGAGCUGGGAGCUCAGACCACUGGGCCAGGACUCUGCACUGCUCACCAUCACCGCAGCCCUCACUGAAGUCAGCAUCACCAUCAAGGGCAGCAAGUGUAUGCUCCAGUCAGACCAGGAGAGAGGACUGAACCACAUCCUGGGCCAGUGGAUGAGUCCCUCUGAACUGCAGAAAGCCAUGGUCAGCGCCGGGGUCAACAUCUUCGUCAACCAAUACUCCGACAAAUAUGUCAGCGUAAACGCAAAGGACCCUCUGAUAGAACAUGCUGUGUAUGAACAGAUGGCCCUGCUCUCCUCUGCCUUUGCCUUCUCCUGGAGCCAGUGGAACACGCAGUGUGGCCAUGAGCGUCUGGUGCUGCAGGUGUGUGAGCACCUAGACCCGGUCCCGGUCCGAGAUGACUCGUGGUGUGUGUACCUGCUGGGGGCCCAGAGGAGCCAAAGGCUGAGGAUCAAGGAACACAGUGAGGCGUUCUCUCCAGAGCUGGACCCCGGCAGUGAGUUCCACUCCACCUUCCUGCACAUGCUCCGAGACGGCAUGUCUCCCGCCGGACAGGACCGAUGCUCUCACCACCUGUUCGUCGACGCCGUGCACAGACUGCUGCGUGCCACACGGCCUCUCACAUACUCCUGACUACAGUAGAUACUAGACCCCCAAGCUCUGUCAGAGUAGCCAACAACCACAGAUCUAGGAUCAGAUUUAACUAUUCCCGAUCAUAACUUUAACCAUUAGGGGGAAUAUGUAUAUCUGAUCUUGUAUCAGGUAGGUUAGCGGCAACUUCAACCUACUGUGUGGAACACCGUGGGUAUGACAGACUGCUAACUGAACUUUAACCCUUACAACAGAUGGACCCUCAUGUAAAACCACAAAGCUUAUUUCUGUAGAAUAAAGUUCCUUUAAUGUGUAAAGUUGGA